AUGAGGACGAGGAAGACGAGAACGAGAAAGUGUAGCGUACAGAGCGUGAAACGAGGGGGCGUACUACAACAUAACAACUUUUCUUUUGUCAUAACCAGAAGCCUAGCUGCUUCCAACAACCCAAGAACUGUAAUGACCAUAACCCCCUUCUCAAACAUGUAUUUAGUACAGCUUUACUCAUCUGUUGGAGGGAAACCCCCAGCCGUGCUACUAUAGUCUCAGACUCACACAGCACGUUAAAAGGAAUAAUAAUAAUAAUAACAAUAAGGAGUAGAAACCCCAUGGCGAAAGAAGCCUGAAUAUCAAGGUGGAUUUCUACUUGAUGGCGGGGUACAUUUCGUGGCUGGUACGAGACUGCUACUCGGAGAGAAAGACAAACCUACGAAUUUGACGGCCUAUACAACGCUUCUACAAGAAUACCUUCCUCCAGUUGAUACGGUCAACUCGGUUUGGCAGACUGCCUCUGGAAUUUCGGGCACCUUUUCCGUAUCUUUCGGAACCACUCUCUCGGGCAGCGAAUACGUGGUCGCUUGCGAAAAAGGAAGUGUCACAGUUUCUUUUGGAAAAGUGACGGUUAAACUAGGAGAGGAGAAGGAGAACGUUGAAUCCGUCAAGGAAUUCAAAGAGGAAGGAAGUGGUGUUAAGCAGGAAGUUGCUGCAUGGGCCAAGAGUAUUGCGGACGGAGUUUUCAACACAAAACAAUCACCACAGCACGCUCUAGCAGAUCUCGAGAUUCUAGAGAAGAUGUUGAAGAGUGGUGGGGCACAGGGGCAAGGGCAAAGUUUGAAGUAUCAGAUUUGA